GUUGCGGAGGUACCACCGGCCGGCUCCUCGAAAGACUGCAAGUUCUGAAUCAUCUGGGCAAUUAAGUGUCGCAUCGUCUGCGUUUGCGAACCGUUUAUGUGGAGCUAUCUCGUGACCUCCGGACCAACGGUAACAAAUGCCAUAACUUGAAUCUUCGCACUACCGGUGAGGAAAUGCCCACAAGUGGCCGAGAUGGAGCUGCGCGGAGCCCGCACGCAUUCUGCGCCGCGGGUCGGUGAUGGAGAUUCGUGUUUCUCGAAUAGCGGACAGCGGUCUUGCAGGGUGCGGUGCUGAAUCGGACUCACAGCUUAACAUGAACCAAUGACACACGCCGCGUAGAUGAUGGAAUAUACAAAACUGUAUUUAUGCAUUUUAAACUGUUUGCAAGUAGUGAGGUGUUAAUGACCAAAACACUGUUGAUAAUAAACAUACCAUAUGAUCGCGUUCCGUCAAAUGAACUUGAUUUCUUGCGUGCAAAAUACGCUUAUGCUGCUUUUGAGAUAUUUAAAGGAAAAGUGAUGUGGUUCUGUUGGUUGAACUGAGCAAAUCGUUACUUAUCCUCGGAAUAACGUCGCAUUCAUGGAAAUGUGCUUACUGGCAUAAAACGGCAAAGACGUGACCGCAGGAAAGUAAAUGCAACACCAACAAAAAUGACUUUGACCCAACCGGACCUGAGAUUGCAGUGAUCCAGCUGCGUGGGUUGCACAUCGAUGCUCCGGAUCUGAUGCUGGUGACCAGGCGUUGGGAGAGGCUCGCGACCCGCACAUUGUUCCUCGCCCUCGCGCUGUUGCGGCAUUCUAGGAUGUUGCGACAUGUUUUGCACGAUGGGCUCAGGACGUCAUUCCACAAACUGGGCCACUUUGUAGCCAAUCACCCGGUGUUUUUCGCCUCUGCGCCCGUGUUGAUCUCCAUCCUGCUCGGCGCGAGCUUCAGCAGAUACCGCAUAGAGGAAAACGUGGAGUACCUGUUGGCUCCUAAGCACAGCCUGGCGAAGAUCGAGGGGAACUUGGUGGAUAGUUUGUUUCCGGUGAACCGGUCCAAACACACGCUGUACUCGGACCUGCAGACACCCGGGAGAUACGGCCGGGUCAUUGUGACCUCGCGCAGGGGGAGCGUGUUGGACCCUCAUCACGUCAGUUCUGUGCUUAAGCUCCACAACACAAUCACUCAGAUCCAGGUUCCCAUGCUGGGCUUCAACUACACCUUUGCCCAUCUCUGCCUGCUGGAUGAAAACAAGAACUGCAUCGUGGACGACAUCCUCCGGGUUCUUGAGGAGAUGCGGUCAGCACGGGCGUCCAACCGUUCCAUACCCCUUCUGCGUUACCCUAUCACCAGACUCAAAGACGGGCGGGAGGCCUACAUAGGCCACCAACUGGGCGGUGUCCAGACAGGAGGAAGAGAUGGAGUUCGGUCCGCUCAAGCCCUUCAACUCACAUACUACCUGCACCCUGCCAGCCCGCUGAAUGAGGUGGUGGCCGCCGACUGGGAGCUGGUGUUCUGCAGAGAGCUUGAAGACUUUGGAGAGGCUCACCCGGAGCUUGGGUUGUACCCCUUCACCUCCUCCUCUCUACAAAGGGACUUCCAAAGGACGAGUCGGGUGUCGGAGCGGCCGCUGCUUUUUAGCCUGGCGGGGUGUCUCUCGCUGGCGAUGCUUUGCUGCUCGAUGCGGGACUGCGUGCGGACUAAACCCUGGCUGGGGUUGCUGGCUCUGGUAACGGUCAGCCUCGCUACGCUCACCUCUGCGGGCAUCUUCAACCUCACGGGUGGAAAGUACAACUCAACAUACCUCGGCAUUCCUUUUGUCAUGCUGGGUCAUGGCUUGUUCGGCACAUUUGAAAUGCUGUCAUCGUGGCGUCGGACUCGCGAGGACCAGCACGUAAAGGAGCGCGUUGCGGCUGUGUUCUCAGACUGCAUGCUGCCAUUCACAGCCAGCACAGCCUUGCACGUGGUAACGUUCGGCAUCGGAGCCAGUCCAUUCACGAACAUCGAGGCUGUGCGUCUCUUCUGUCGAAACGCCUGCAUCUCAGUGCUCUUCAACUACCUCUACAUCCUCACCUUUUACGGUUCCAACCUGGUGUUCGCCGGCUACCUGGAAAACAACUACCGACACAGUUUGUUCUGCAGGCGCGUCCCGAAACCUGAGUUACUCCAGCAGAAGCCAGCGUGGUAUCGGUUCCUCAUGUACACGCAUUACAACGAGGAGGCCACGGAAACCGGACCUCUGCGUGCUUAUGAGAGUCACCUCAUUUUAGCCUUCAUGAAACGGUACUACUGUGACUGGAUCACCAACACUUACGUCAAACCAUUCGUGGUUCUUUUCUACCUGGUCUAUGUGUCCUUCGCCCUCAUGGGCUACCUUCAGGUCAGCGAGGGUUCAGAUCUUAGUAACGUGGUUGCCACGGAAACAAGCACCAUAGCAUACACUCGUGCCCAACAGCGGUAUUUUAGUAGCUACAGCCCCGUGAUCGGCUUCUACAUCUACGAGUCCAUCGAGUACUGG